AAGUCUUGAUUUUUAGAAGAGUGGCUCACUUUUUUCAUAUAAAGCCAGCAGAAGCAGAGGCAGGGCAGAGCUCAACAACACAAACACCAAAGAAAGACAAAGCAAAGCAGUAAAAGAACAAUGGCUGCUGCUUCGUCUGCUUAUCUGAUCAACUCCAAAUCUGAACUCUUUGUUACCGACCCUUCUCGUACUUUGAGACAGAAAACCACCUGGGUGGGCCCCACCACAACAAACACUUUGAGGUUGUUUAGGAACACCAAGAAUUCUGGAAGCAUCAGCAUCAGCAGCAACAGCAACAAGCUCUCUUCUUCUUCUUCAGGUUGUUCUAUUGUCUGCAAGGCUGUGUCUGUGAAAGCCCCCACUGAGAUUGAGGGUCUCAACGUUGCUGAGGAUGUUUCUCAGGUUGUCCAUUGUUAAAAUUUCACCCUUUUCUGCUGUCUGGGAAAAAGAAAGCUACAUGAGGGAAAGCUUUGACUUGCCAAAGAGCUUCCCAAGGAAAGUUCGCAUUGCCUCUGUUUCUCAAAGCUUUAUAAUUACUGUUUACUUUAAAGCCUUGACUUUUGAAAGGCAUCCAGAUAAUUCCAUCCUCUUCUAACUUUUGUAGCAUAUAAAUCAUCCAAGAAGAAUUCUAUGGACUCUAAUCUUAUACCACCCAAAUAGAGGGUAAUGUACUAAUGUUGCUUUCAUUCCUUUAAGCUCUUAAAUCUAGAUAAAGGAAUAAUUUGAUGAGAAAUUUUGGUUUUUAUGCAUCAUUUAGUUUCUUUUUUCUUUUUUUCUUUUUUUAAAUGAUGUACAUGUAAUUUUAUUGAUAUUUAGAACAGAUACUUCUUUCAUAACGUUAUCACUAGUCUACGCUGCAUAUAGAUUAUUCUCUUCGAAUAUACUGAUAAUUUGCAUAAGAACUGAAAAGUCAAGAAUGACAAUUUGACAAUUCCACUUAUAUAACCUUAACAUGAGAAAAAAAUAAAACAAACUGGGUUCUUGUUAGAACAAAAUAUUUCAAUCCAGGUACGUCACGUGCCGUUGUGUGUAUGGGUCUUAAUUUAUUUUUUUGAGAAGAUGUGUCAUAUGUGUGUAUGAGUCUUUAUGUGUUUAUAUGUAUAAAGUUCGUAUAUUAUAUACUUUUGGUUUUUUUGGCCAUUUGUCGCACUGUAAUAGGCCACUUAGAUUUCACUAAGACUUCUUGGCCUUAUCUCAUUUAUUCUCACUGUUACAUGUAUCAUGUAUGACAUAUUACUAUCUCUAUCUCCUCUUCUUGCAUCAUAUCAAUCUCUUUCUCUCACUCUCUCUCUUCAUUGCCGCCUACCGACUUUAAUUUUCAACCUUAUGUGGAUGGUGAUAACAAAUGCACUCGAUCGAUGUAGUAGCUAGGAUUCUACUGUCAACGAAAAAUCUAAUCCUCUUUUUUUUUUUUGAUGAAAAAUCUAAUCCUCUUUGAAAGUUCCUCAAUUAUUUUCCACAUGGUGAUUAUUAUUUUCAUUAAGGAUGAAUAAUAAUGGUGCAAUAGACCCCGACACAUCGUAAUUUUUGUCAUUUUGUCGGAUCAAAUAUUACUAUAUACUAAUUAUAAUUUAUUACGAAAAAUGUUAUAAAAUUUGACACGUCUCUGUAGUCUGUAUAUGUGAACCUAUAUACUGAGAGUCUAGUCUUGCACAGUUCUCUCAUAAACACAAACAUGGCUUCUCUCUCACAACCAUCCCUUACCAUCACCACCAAGACCCACAUUCCCCCCUCCUCUCUAUCUCCAUUCUGUCCCAAAAAAACCCAUCUUUCUAAACUUCCAAAACGCAUCCAUCACCUUGCUCCUAGCGUAGUCUCAUGCAAAGCCCAAAACGAUGAUCAAAAUGGACAACAACAACAAUCUCCUUUAGAAAUGUUUGAUAGGAGAGAUGUGCUCAUUGGCAUAGGAGGCCUCUAUGGUGCUACAAAUCUUUACAAUGAUGACCCUUUUGCCAUGGCAGCUCCUGUGUCUGCCCCAGAUCUAACAAAGUGUAGCAAAGCUGAUUUACCAGCUGGAGCAAAACCAGUCAAUUGUUGCCCACCAUCAGCCACAAAAAUCAUUGAUUUUAAGCUACCUCCACAAAACUCACCCUUGCGUGUUAGACCCGCAGCUCAUUUAGCUGACAAGGAAUACAUAGCCAAAUACUCCCAAGCCAUUAAGCUCAUGAAAGCUUUACCAGCUGAUGACCCAAGAAAUUUCACACAACAAGCUAAUGUUCAUUGUGCUUAUUGUGAUGGUGCAUAUGACCAAGUUGGCUUCCCUGACCUUGAAGUCCAAGUUCACAACUCUUGGCUCUUUUAUCCCUUCCAUCGUUACUACUUAUACUUCUAUGAAAAAAUCUUGGGAAAGUUGAUUGAUGACCCAACUUUUGCUUUGCCAUUUUGGAAUUGGGAUUCACCUUCUGGCAUGAAAAUGCCAGCCAUGUUAGCUGACCCCAAAUCACCACUUCAUGAUACUUACCGCAAUGCAAAGCACCAGCCACCGACCUUGCUUGACCUUGAUUACAGUGGCACUGAUGAAUCAACAACAAGUCAAGACCAAUUGUCUAGCAACCUCACCGUCAUGUAUCGCCAAAUGGUGUCAAAUGGUAAGAAUCCUAAGCUAUUCUUUGGCAAUGCUUACCGUGCUGGAAGUGAUCCUGACCCGGGUGCUGGAUCGAUUGAGAACAUUCCACAUGGUCCUGUACACUUAUGGUGCGGUGACACUACUCAGCCUAAUCUUGAAGACAUGGGCAACUUCUACUCAGCAGGUAGAGAUAAAUUAAUUAGUGAUAAAUUACUGAUUCUCUCGUAAUUUUAAUCCUUUAGGAUACAGUGAAUUUGAUUAUUUUGAUAAUUAUUCUUAAUAUCUAGUCUUCCCUCAAUCAUGU